AUGCAUCGAUUUCUACUCUCUGCAGCUCUUCUUCUCGCUGUCUCGGCCAACUUCUCUUAUGCAGUGCCGGCUGAUACUCCAGUUCCGGCUGAUACUCUGGAAAGUAACAACAUCACAGCGCGUACCCCAAGUCCCUGGGGUUGCUUCUGCGACGACUCCGACUGCAGUGAGAAUUGUGGCGAGUGGGUUAGUCUGACGGACACGGGCUGUUUGAAUGAGGGAGGCAGAGGCUCCUUCUAUGUCAGAGAUGGCGGUGACGGAACCCACUAUAUGAUCGUUUCUCCAAGCGCAGACUGCCCCUGCCAGAGCGACUGCGAUGAUGGUGGCGACCUGGGCUUCAGGGAUUCUGACACUUGCCAUCAGCUUGAUCCCGAUAAUCAAUCCUACCGAUUCAUCGCUGGUGGUGAUGGAGGCUGCCCUGACAACGAAUGUUAA